GCAUCCGGGAUGGCCGCACGCCGCAUCGCGCCCCGCACCGCCCCGCACCGGUGCGCCGCAAGAGGCAUCCAUCCCCUCUUCUAUGAUGAGGGAUCUAGAAAGUGAGGGCAAGGAUGGCAUUCUCCCAUGGAUCCAAUCUUUGCCAGGGAAAGUUCUUAUUAUGUUCGGAGAGCAUCCGCGGCUCAAGCAACAAGCAGCCAUGGGAAUGGGCAUCAACUUGUUCUUCAUCAUUAUGAUGAUCCUCGCGAACAGUGGCCAAGAUGUGACCAGAUUUGUCAAGUCUCCUAGGGCGCGGAUGCGGCAGAAAUGGGAGAAGCUUGGGAGUUUAGCGGAAAUGAACGUCAGCGUUGCCUUGACCGACGGCCGCCCACUGGACAAGAUGUUAUCCCUGGAGCUGGCGGCAAACAGCAAACCAAGUGUUCUCUUGGUGACGUCGAUCCCUCCGAAGUGCGAGACUCCAGAAGGCGACGAAGCUAUGCUCCGAUCUAUUAAGAACAAAAUGGAUUACGCCCGUCUUCAUGGAAUGGAGACAUGGUUUUCGAUGGAGGCGCCCGAACCAGAUGGCAAAGUGGUGUGGAACAAGUAUGCCGUUCUCCGGAGGGUCAUGCAGGGACGACCUAACUUCGACUGGUAUUUCUGGAUUGACCACGACUCUCUGAUUGUUGAUUUGACAUUCCAGAUCCCUUGGGAUUCUUACAAGGACCAUUCUCUUGUGAUGUGGGGUGAGGAAUCGAUCGCGGUGAAACCGGAGUUCACAGCUGUGAACACCGGUGUGCUGUUCCUGCGUAACGACAAGUUCUCAAGGGAUCUUCUUGACCAUUUACUGCAGUUUUGGACCUUGAAGCCGGAGGCGGAGAUGCGACAGGAGAUGGCACAAGUAGUGAAAGGGUUUUCGGAUAACCUGACAGCGCAGGGGGCGAUGGCGUACGUGCUGGCGACGGAGAGCAAGCAGUGGCUUCCGCAGAUCCACUUUGAGUUGAUGUAUCAUAUCAACAGGUAUUGGAAAGACGAAAUGGAGAACUUGGAAGACUACUACACGAGUUGGAAAGGGGAUGGGAAAUCCCCACCGUUCAUAAUCACGUAUGUUGGCUGUCAGCUGUGUUGGAAGCCGAACGAUCAGUUUGAGAUGUGCACCAGGGAGCUCGAUCGAGCGUUCAAUUUUGCAGACGACCAAGUUCUGAGUGUCCUCAACUUGAAGCAUAGGGAUUUGCAGUCAUCAGACAUUGUCAAGCUCAACGCAAGAAAACUGGACGCGAAUGCCUCUGGAAUCUGGACCAUGCAACCUCCUCAAUGAUGAGCCCUCAUGUACAAAGCCCUGGUGAAUGCUUAUUGUACAGGUUUCUUUUUCUUCAUCUCUGAUAUUGUCGACUUGGUAGUCGGCGUAUCGUCACUACCUUGAUCUUUGCGAGGUGGGCAUGAGUAUGUAGCUCUUCCUCGCGAUCACAGCCGUCAUUCUGGGCCUCUGCAGGGUAAACAGUGUGUGUGUGUGUGUGUGUGUGUAUUGUGUGUUGUCUGUUGUGUGUGUGUGUGUGUGUGUGUGUGUGUGUGUGUGUGUGGUGUUAUGUUUUCUAUACACAACAUCAGCACAAAAGCAUUACUGAGCCAGACUGUUUUGUCGGACUUCCACCGACUCAUCAGGACGUUGAACAGCGACAGUCUGUCCAGGAUGCAUGUGACUGAUGGAUAAGGACUGCCCACGUCGCCCAGAGUUAGUGAUUCCCUCGACAAAAGUGGUCUACUUCACUCACACCAACCCUGCAAUCCUAGCAGACUGUCGGUCCAAACCCCUGACUCUGUGUGUGUAUCUAUGUGUGUCUCUGUGUGUGUGUGUGUGUGUGUGUGUGUGUGUGUGUGUGUGUGUGUGUGUGUGUGGUGGGGGAGAGUGAAUGAGUUGGAAGAGCAAGGGGGACAACGAGGGGGGGAGGGGGGAGUAAGGGGGGGGUUAAAUGGACCAGUCCUUCUUGUAUCGGAGUGUAACUGAGUGAGCAAUGGAAGUCACUUCAUUGGGCGUCCUGUACCUCCCCAGUGGGCGUAUUAGUUUCCCCUCUCUUGGCAGAGAAUCGCAGGGUGUUCUUGAACCCCCAUUGGCCGAGUCUCCUAGAGCCAAAUAACCUGCCUUGCGUUGGUGUUAUGUAGGUUCAACGUACAUGCUCUCUUUUUUGGAGGAACCGUUCACUUAGCACGUCACCUGAAAAUGUAUCCGAACGUCAUCGGUUCCUUUUAGCCAUUGCAAUGACUGCAUCCAUCUCCAUCGGAGGAUCAAUAAUUUCUUAGGCUUCAUUCCUGGGUCAACGUAGAUAUUGCAAUGAUUGCAAUCAUUAGCCAUUGCAUCCAUCUAUCCGUCUCCAUUUUUGGAGGGUCAAUAAGUUCUGAUGCUUCAUUCCUGGGUGAACGUGCAUAUUGCAAUCUCACCGGAUUGGUGGAGUUGAAGAGGAGGAGCAGCAGGAGGAGGAGGAGGAGGAUAUUUUUUUGAAAGGUGCAAGGGAGUAUGGGAGGGGGACUCGCCCUCCCUGCCUCUUCUUGGCGCCAGUGGAUGGAUGACGUUUAUGUGUCGUUCUUCUGCUGUGCCUGCCGGAUUCUGUUUUCUCAGAGGCAGCAGAAGAUGACGUCAGCGGUAAUUUGACGAAUUUGACUUUUGCAAUGUUUUGUUA